CACCCCCCAGCUCCCCUCCGACAUGGGCUGGCGGCCUUCAAAUGUCGCCGAUGCCCUCUUGUCCCUCAGAGGCCGAACCCAGACCCGGCACUGGCCCCAGCGACGCUGAGAGCGCCCCGGAGCCCGCCGAUUCCCUCGCGGGUGCAGCGGGCGCGGCUCUGGCGCCCCCUGCAGGCCGGGGAGCGCACAGGCCCAGCUCGGGGCCUCUCCUAGGACUCUGUGGGCUUGGGCCCCCUGGCGAGGCGGGCAUAGAUGCGGGCUUGACCACGGCGCUGGCCCACAGACGCGGCGCGUUUCGCCCCCUCAGGGAACAUGUCGUCCCUGUUCGCAAGGGGCAGCCAGCUGGUGGUGCGGGAGCUGGGCAGGAUGGGGGAGCUGGUGCCCGCGGACAGCCUGAACAGCGCCCCCCGCCUGCGUCCCUUCUGCGUGCUGAGAAAGAAGUGCAGGUGCCACCCCUGGCCUUGGGGCACCCGCCUCAUCCCCACCGACUUCUCGCUCCUGGAUCUGCUGGAGCCUGGUUCUCCGGCCCCAGAGGUCAGCCGAAGCCAGCCUAUCCAUAUCCGAAAGUCUGUGACUCGCGGGGUGACAGGAGCUGUGAGCGUCGGGCUGCAGGGCAAGGUGGCAGGGGGCGGCGUGGUCACCCACAGCUGCACGCUGGCCGUGCAGACCCUCAGCAUUUCCCCUCACACCUGGGAGGGCCUGAUGGAGAGCAGGGAGCUGCAGAGCCGGACGCAGAGGGAGCGCCUGUACGUGGUGACAGAAGCGGUGGAGACUCUGCAGGACACCACGCUGCGGAGCCUCGGCCGAGCAGAGGGGACGGGGCAGCUGUCCUUCCCCGGGCUGGGCCAUCUGAAGGUCCAGGGGCAGAGCACCAUGGACAGAGAGAAGACAGUGACUGUCCCGCAGGGCAGUGUCGUGGCCUACAGAGUGCUGCAGCUGGUGGUUGAAGAGGAUCACUGGGCUGUUCUCUGCCUCCCCGAAGGGCGGCGCUGUGGGGACGCUGGUGGAGGUGAGGAGCAGGACUUCCAGGACCUGCGGAGCCAGGUGGCUGCCCAGCUGCAGGACCUGGCCACACUGUCCCCGGAGCUGCGCAAGACACUGCUGGGUGCCCUCCACGAAUUGCUCGGGGACCCUCAGGCGCUCCAGGAACUGGAGGAUACGCUGGAGCAGGCCCUGGACGCCGGGUUGCUGGGACAGUUGCAGGGCCCUGGUGGCGUCAUCGUGUGCAGCCUGCAGGACCCCUCAGGCAACCUGUCGCCCUCCAGAGGCAGGGCCUUCCUCCACCUCCUGGGAGCCCUAGUGGUGCUGAGUGACAGCCAGCAGUGGCUGCUGGCCCAGGUCCUGGAGAGACAGAUCCUGCCUCAGCAACUGGAGCUGGUAGCAAGCAUCCUAGAGGCCAACUUCACUCAGAGGGAGGAGGCAAGAUGUUCCCUCCCACCAGAGGUCCUCUCGGCCCUGCCCAGUGAGGCUGUGGUCCUUGCCUUGAGCUUGCUGGAGAGCUGUGGGCUGGAGCUCCAGGGGCCCGGCUGCCAGCUCAGCUGGGACCCCGCUGCAGUGCCCCAGGUCUCUGCACUGUAUGGGUGCCUGGAAGGGCUGCAGCUGCUGGCCGGUCCCAGCCCCGGGCCCUCCCAGCCAGUGUCUGAGGAGGAGGUCACAUCGUGCCUCUAGGGUCCUGACUCCAGGGAGCUGCUGGCCUUUGGGUGGCCUCCGCCAGGACGGACUCACACACUGUCUCCUGUUGUUUUCGGGGCUGGUUCCCAGACGUUGGGCAAGCUCUUUUCAAAGUGGGUCCGGGUUCUUCCUGAGAGCUUUGGAGGCUGGUUCCAGAACAGCCUGGCCCAGUGCAAGGUUCCGCUGCCACUGGCAGCUGUGCAGCUCUGUGCUCCUGCCCUGGUCCCUGGACCACAGAAUUCACAGUAACUCUAAUAGAACUACGGUGAAGAUCCUGAAAGCUAAACUGAACACGCUCAAAGGCGCACCUGGCUAUGCUGAGGCCAUGCGGUGUUGGCGUUGUUAAUAACAGCGUUAGUCUUUCUGAAGGAAGCUGUGGAGGCUUUCUCCAGGUACAGAGGACUUAAUUUCCCCUUAAUUCCCCCGCCUCCCACCCGUUUCCCUGUCUGUGAGAUGAGAGGGAUGGGUUAGAAGACUCGGGUCUCCCCAGCUGCACCGCUCAGGGGAUUACGGGCAGGGGACCAGGGCUGGCCGCAGAGCAGGCUCUUUCGAAGUCUGGUUCUGAUGGCCACUCCCAGCACCUCCCAGGACAGAAGUACAGCUCUUCUGAUUGACGGGGGGGAGGGGGUGGCUUUCGGUACAACAUGGCUGUGUGUGGGAGCGUGUGUGGUGCACGUGCACUGUGUCUGUGCCCCCUGGACAGCAUGCUCUUCUAUUGUGGCCCCAGUAAAGAUGUUUCCUUGCCUUGGAAGGAGGUCCUGGCAGAACCCACCUCAAGAGCUCAGCCUCCAGGAGGUCCUCGCUUGGGGUCAGCACAGGAGGCGGGGCAGGGGCGCGCUUUGUGGCCAGGGGGUGUGUGGAGACACCUCUUCUGCCUGUGGCUGCUUCUGUGCAGGUCUCCCUGCUCUGGCCUGCCCCAAAGCAGAUGGGACACAUCCUGACAGCGGUGUUACCUUAGCGGCUUGCCCAGGUACAAGUCGGGACCGCAGGACCCAGGGACAGCCUGACACCAGUUAAUGGGCACCUGCAACAGUAGAUCCCCAGUCGUGGUCUCUCUCUGCCCUGGGCUGCCUGGUAGUCUGACUUCCGGCCCCCGCCCCACCCUGCCAAAUGCCCCCCGGAGAAAUCUCCCUCCUCAGCCCAGCUCACGCCUGGAAGGGCAGCAGCCGAGUGCCUUGUCAUCCUGCGAUCCUGCCAAAUGGGCCUCCCUUCCCCCUCUUCCAUCUUGCUCAGACCUAAAGCUGGGCUCCUUCUUGGCACCUCUCACUUCCACCUCUCACUCUGCUGGGGAAGCCUGUCAGUUCCACCUUCUGAACACCUCCCCAGUCUGGUCCCUGUCCCGACACCCAACACAACACCCUGUGGAGACGUCCUGCCCGCAUCACCGGAACCGCCUCACUGCCGCCUCUGUCCUUGGCUUGGCAGCUGCAGUAACCCCUUCAAACACAUCACGUCAGGUCACUGCUUCACUGAUGCCUCCACAGUGGCUGCCAGGCUCCGACCUGUCACCCUUCUCUGCUCCCUGCUCUCCUAAGACACUGCUAACACUCCUUCCCUCCCUCAGCCUUGGCUGGAGUUAACUCUCGCGUGUGCACUACCACCCACCCAGCACCUUUCGCUCCAUUAACUUCCACACUUAGCAUCUCCCAAGGCCUAUACAAUCUAGUGAUCAUGUUGGGGCACUGGGAAUACAGCAUGCAGGGAACAGACAUGGCCUGUUCUUAUGGAACUGACAACGUGGAGCAAGGCAGAUAUUAAGGAAAAAAAAAUAUAUGUACUCACUGUUAAUUCCAACUGCAAGGAGCUACAAAGGAGACCCCUAGUCCCAGAAGGGGUCAUAGGAAGACAGGGCAUCCCAAGAGCUCACCACACCCUAGGACUCCACUCCCACCAAGCAAACUGAUCAAGCAGCACUGCUUCCCUGGGGAGGGGGCUGGGUGCACUGGAAGCCCAGGGAGAGGAAGCAGCACAGCCAAGACCUCCCAGAGGCAACAGAUGCCCCAGAAAGCUACCUCUUCCCUCGGUCUUUGCGGUCCCAGGACACAGGCCACAUAUGGCUUGAUGGAUACUCACUAAACAUGUCUUGAUAUAAAGACUCGUGAACACACUCAUGUUUGAAACAGUUGUUGCUGGUUUUAGUUUCUAAUAUGCAGUUAGUCCUCUGCCCAUUUGGAAAACUGUGGUCAGGGCAGUUCUAGGACCUCUUUAAAAGGCAUCAUUACAAUCACACAGCACGGUCCAGUAACCCCAUCGGGUGAGGGAAGUAUUUAGGACCACUAAGUCCACUGAUGACUCUGGGCCAGGGGUGGGGAAUGUGCAGUCCACAGGCCGGUGCGAAAUCAUUUUAUCUGGCCACUGCAGGAGGCACUUGAAAUUCAGGAAAUCCACAGCAGGCUAAUUUUGAAGGAAUUUUGUAUGGCUCACGAAUGAUGUUAUAAAUAUCAAAUGGCAGCAAUACCUGGAAUAGGCUACCUUGCAUUGGUUUUAUAUAGUGAAGCGUCACAGAAAUCAGAAUGAGACAAACAUCGAUCAUUUCUGUCCCCUGGAUAUGCAGGGGAGGUUAUGCACAGUGAGGCACAGUUCUUGGUGCCACACUUCAGAGGUUUAUUUUGAAUAUUGUUUUAUAAAGUCACACUAAGUUCAAGAGGGAGACCAGAAUAAGUCCCACUACUGCCUUUGCAGGCAGUGCAUACGAUACAAACACAUAUGCUGGAGGUCACUUGCCUCAGGUAUCUCACUUCUCUAGAGGGGUAGAGGGGGAAAAAGAGUUCCCAAGAAAUGACUUGGAUUGGGGUCACUGUCAGUGCACAGGUUUUUUUUUGGUUACACCUUUAUGGCCAUAUCCUAUCCUACAGAUUUUUUCGAUAUGCUCUACAGGGAUUACUGGUUUAAGACUCCUGGAGUGGUAGUUACUGAGGUCUCAAAGGGAACUGGAAUGGGUGACAUUUUAACUCAAAAAAGGACACAAUUAUCUUGAAACAAGCCUAAAAUACUUGCAGCAAUCUUAAAAUAGGCAAGAAUGUUUUUUAUCCCAAAUCUUCAGAAAGUGAGAAAACCAUGGGCUGACAAGCUCCACUCAUCUACAUGGAGGGCCGUGGUGAAAGACAAGAAUGGGGGUUGGGUGGAAGGAUGAUGUAACCAACCAUUCGGCGUCCUGGAGAGAGAGGCACAGGGACUGAGGCUUAAGAUGAGUAGACACUGACCAGAUGGCCUUUAGGGCUAAGAGUAAAAGAAGGCAGCUUGAAGUGGGAGGAUUUCCCUACACCUACACUGGAGGGCCACCCCUCCCUCCAGUGGGCAGGACACUCCCUGAACACGGACCCUGGCCAUUUUCCUGAUAAGCCUGUGCCCUGACCUACCGACCUUCAUUCCAAGGACAGAGAUCAGAUUGCACAGGUGAGAGGAUGCCUACUUUCUCUCUUUGGGUGACCUGCAGGCAAGUGUUAGACCUGAGGCUGAACCCUCCCGUUGGCAGCAGAGAUGGCUCCAUUUAUCAGGCUGUAGAACUGUGCUUCUAUCUCAUCAGUCAAAUCAAUCUGCUCCAAACAGGAAGAACAGGCAGGCCAGACAGGAAGUAUUUUAGCCACUGACGACCAUGUGGUCUCUGACACAAUUCUGCUGUUGUAGUGCAAAAAAUGCCAUAAAAAUAUGUAAACAAACUGGAUUGUGUUCCAAUAA